AUGGCGCGUCCUUCCCGGGGAGAGAGACGGUCCCCCACUCUCAGCGAUGGAAAUUUUGUUGAGAUGAUGUUUCGUGCUGUGAGUCGCACUAAUGUAUCACCUCUUCUCUCCUCACUCCGCACACUGUCUCUACAAACCGUAUGGCGCGCUACUCUCUCCUCCGAUUUCAUUGUCUUUCCUCGCGACAUUUGUUGUGUUGCUUGCUACGCACCCUUUGUCUGUCAUCCCUCUCGCCAUUUAUUAAAGUCUCGUCGCAAUCGAUCGAUUGAGUGCGCCCCGCCUUCCUCCAAUGCAUACAAGGUACACUUCCUCCAUGUCUGUGUGCACAUUCGAUGGAUUGCGUCUCUUCGGGAGGGCGCUCCCUUCCCCGGACAUUGCCGCCGGCAGCAGUUAUAG